ACUACGCUGCAGUUUGAGUGGGAGGAUGCGGGAAGGACGUGAACGCAUUUGAGUUAUCAAACUUUAGGAUUAAGGGUAUCGUGUUAUUUGUACUUUGACGGAUUUUGGGCUAUUUUCUUGGACUGUGCGCGCUGCAAAAAAAAAAAAAAAAAAAAGUUCAACUUCAUGUGGGCGCUGGCGGCUUGGGACCUGAGCGCAUGUGAUCGUCCACAUCGAACCGGAUCUUGGUGAAAGUGGACGCCUUUUAGCAACACUCAAGCUCAUUUGCAGCCGUGCAACAAUCCUCUAGGUUUACUUGUCCGACUCCAUUCAUCAGCGCUCGCUAUGCGCAUCCUCGAGUAGUCUACUUGAGUGACUUCAAGUCAUGCAACAGCAAUGACAUGACACCAAACGAUGGAUGUGGACUAAGCCGACUUCUGACGCGGCCCAGUUGGAUUAUUUAGGUCCUUAUGCUGAAGUCUGGCAGUUUUGCGUGUCACUCUCCGUCGAAAUGGCAAGUUUUGCCAUGCUGAUGGAGCGGACGGGGACUCGGGUUUUGUUACUAUGUGGCGUGUUCAUCAUAUUAACAGGUCUCUGUGUCGGAUCCCCUAACCAUGGUGGGCGGCUGGUCUGCUGGCAAGCCAUCAUGAAGUGUCAAAGAGAGCCGGAUUGCUACUAUGCAUAUGAGCAGUACCUGUACGCCUGUGAGCCUGUGAUCAGAGGGGAUGUGAAGAAGUGUCCCAGCCACUGCAUAUCCUCUCUGAUCCAGCUCAAUCUGACCCAGAACGGCCCGGCGCUGGAGGACUGUGACUGCGCCUCGGACCCGCUCUGCAGGAGCACCCAGCGGGCCAUCGAGCCGUGCCUGCCCCGGACAAGAAGCAUGGGCUGCACUGAAGCCCGCACCCUGUGUGAGAGAGACCUGCCGUGCAGCUCGGCCAUGAGGGACUAUCUAUACCACUGCCGCAAACUUUUCGGAGGGGAGAGGUGCUCGGAUGGGUGCCGGAGGGUGAUAGCCAACAUGCGCUCCAUACCGAAAGCACAGCAGCUGGACACUUGCGUGUGCGAUGGCAUCGACAGGAACAUAUGCGAGUACAUCAAAGUUAGUAUGAACACUUUCUGCUUUGAUUCCAACGACAGGUUCGCGGGGAGCGGGUUUUCAGACUCUGAAGAGGACUCCGAGGAUGAUUACUUCGACUCAGAGGAUUAUCAGUACGUGGAAAACUCCAGCGACUCCCCACCCUGUCCGACUGUGCUAAAUGUCGUGACCACCAUCUUGGUUUUAACCAAAUUUAUCUGAAAAGCUGUUUCGGGGGAAAAGAUAAUAGCUGCAUCCCAGAAACAGCCGUGGAUUGCUGUUGUCCUGCUCUUUAAAUAACCUUGAGGUUUGAGUUAACACCUGCAAUCAUGACACCUCACUCCACUUAGACUCUUCUUUUCUCAUUUGUUGUUUAAUCAUAACGCAUGGCUACUCAGACAUCCUAUUUGACCAUCAGUUUUCAUGUCCAGCAACAUCCACAAAAUGUUGGGUUUGAUUUGCACACAUCCAACAAAAUAAUUUGCUACAACAUAUCUUUCCAUCAGUAUUACACAUGUCAAAUGCAUGUAAAGUUUGGUUGGAUCAGUCUAAACAUACAUACAUAAGUUAUCUUUCAUUGUCACAUUCAAAAAGGCUAGAUGAGUAAAUCUGAUAAAGUUGAAGGAGCUUAUUUUUGUAUGUCAACUAUAAAGGUAAAUUGUACAGUAUAAUGUAUAUUUUUGUGUCAGAGUAUUUGUUUAUCGUUGCUAAGAAAUUUGCACUGUAGAGAAAUAAGUUAAGCCUCACUUUUUUGUCUUAGUGAAUUAUGUGACCACAGAAGGAAAUAUAUGUUUUGUCUAAAAGUGCCUAAGAGUCAUUAUAUUUGUUUUUACUCUGCCAUUAUACGACCAUAUUAGAAGUGGGCUGUUACAGUGGAGCGGCUUUCUUUUGACAGCUGUACCAAGACUUACUCCGCAAACCCUUCAUUAAAAAACCAAAGUUGAUGUAAGCCACUUAAAUUUGCCUAAAUCCCACGGCAAAUAAUGCACCCAAAAAGGAAAGCUCGCAGAUUGAUGCUCUUGACCUUGUAAACAUAAAUGUUUGCCCAAGGUAUAAACUGUUAAUUCUUCUAAACUGUUGAGACAUAGAAAAGGCAGACCCCCUCCCCGUGGGGACUGCAGCACAAAUAGAGCCAAGAAGGGUUUUGGUCAGUUUAUUUAUCCUCACCCCAUUUGUUUGUUAGAAGUCUUCACGGAGACACACAAAAGACACAAAAGGAAGUCUGUGUCUCGGUGAAGGGAGGGAGAUAUUAACUGGCCAUCGCAAACACACGUCUGAAUGUAUGCACAUGAAAUAAAGAGUUUCAAAACAGCCCUCGGCGAGGUUGUGUGAUUCUGUCUGGAACUUUUAUCGA